UCAAUGCGUCACAGAAGUUAUUGGUGGUUGUUAGGGGAACUAGGAAAAUCAAAUUAAAAACAAAGUAAUAGAUUAAAAAAGUAAAAGAUGAGACACAAUGCAAGGUCCUUAUUUUGAAGAGAAUCAUCCAGGCCUCCAAGGAAGGGAACGGCGACAAGGGAACAUACAACAAUUUGAUGGGAAUGGACCGCAUUUUGAAGGAUCUGGACCACAUUUUGAAGGGAAUCGACCGCCUUUUGAAAGGGAUAGACUGCAUUUUGAAGGGAAUCGACCGCCAGUAAUGUAUGGUCCUAAUAUUCAAGAGAAUUAUCCACCAGGUAUACAAGAAGUGGAAGGGCAACAGUUGAAUGGACAACAUUUUAAUAGUAAUGAACCACAUUUUGAAGGAUAUGGACCACAUUUUGAAGGAGAUCGACCGCUUUUUGAAAUGAGUGUGCCAAAUUUCGAAGAAAAUGAGCCGUAUAUUGGAAUGAAUGGGCCAAUAUAUGAAGGUGAAGAUUACCAAGAAUGGUUUACUGACGGUAUGGAGGAACCUUUACAUCCAUUGAAAAAGAAGGGCAAAAGAAAAAAGAAGAAGAAGUCGAAACCCACCUCAAUCUGUCAGAGGUGGUGUCCUUUGCUGUAUCGCUUCUUCACAAGCGGACCGGAUGAAUACCUAAUACUAAAACAAAUUUUGGGAUUCCCUAUCGGCUUAUUAUUCGCAACAGGUCUUUACUAUGCCGUCAUCGACAGUAUGCGGUUCACUACUUUCGUCAAGUAUACCCUUGGUACUAUUCUCGGCAUCAUGAUGUCUGGUGGUUUCGCAAUGUCCAUUCAAGUCCGGUGCAUCACUAUUCUUCUCAUACCAUUUUUCUUGGGCAAAGAAGGGCGCUCUUACAUUGCUACGUUUGCAAUUGCUCUUAUUUUAUCAGGUCCAGUCGUUAACAUCGUGCAAAAUGCAAAGGAGGUCAAACGUUCUCUCGCAUGUCAUGCAGAAUUGGGUGCCAAUCAAACCUUGGCAAGACUAGAGCUGAAACUCAAACCAAUUCACGACGUGAUGCUAGAUUUACAGAGACAAGGAAAAGAAAUACACAACAUAACCUCCAAAAUCAAGAAAGAGUUCAAACCAUUCGAGAAUGAAGUAGAAGAUAAAGAUGAAAUCGAGGAGAUGAAGGCAGACUCGGAUUACGUGGACGGUCUUGAAGGACAGCAAAAAAGUCGGACCCUUGAUAUCAGUAACAGACACGAACAUGUCAACAAGGCGCCAAAUGGAAUGGUUCUGGAACAAGGCUACGAGGAAAAAAUGGAGUUCCGAUGUGAAGACGUAUAUAGCAAGGCCGUUAUAGAAUGCAGAAAGACGUUCAGGUCGCUAGAGUCAAAGUGUAUGAAGGCGGCCGGAGUGAUUGGUCACUUAUUUUGCUGGGUGUUCAAACUGACACAGAUGUGCGCUCUACUAAGUCUGGUCCCGAGUUCUGAUAAAGAGAACUGCGAAUCAGGGAACGCUCUCAAUGAAGGUUUCGGCGAGGGAUAUAAGACCGCCGAAGAUUCUGCUAAUGCGUUUGAUGAUAACUUUGAUGUCAACAUGCAAUAUAAGAUCGAAACAACUAAAGAGUCAAUUGAAACAUAUUCUGUUAAAGACGCUGCCAAAGAAAUGAACCAUGCAUUUGAUGAAAAAGUGAAGUGGUUUCAAUUCUGUAUGACUGCGAUUAAAAGAAUACUUGCAUUUAUGUUUUUACGAGUGUUUCUAAGUGCUCUAAGGUACCAUAAGAACUAUAUUGGAAACUUUGAAGGCGACAAUGUUUACAUCGUUUCUUACUUUAAAAGAAUCGACGCAAGAAGAUAUAAACAGGGAAAGAGGACACUACUACCACUCAAGAAAUUAGAAAGGAAGAACUAUAUUGAUCCGCUGUCAUUCAAACUUAUGGGACCAGAAAAAUCAAAAUUGGUAAGCAGUACGUUCAAACUUCUCCUUCGAGUGAUUUCUGUCUCUGUGAUUAUCUAUAUGGACUACUUCAUAUACGAGGUUCUUGAUAUGAUCAGGAGGCACAGUCGUGUAGACUACAGACAGACCGGGGAACAUCACAUUCAACUAAUCAUCAACGGCAACGGAGCUGUGGCUCACUUGAUCAAGUCCAUACUUAAUGGUUUUAACAAGAAACACGCUAUUGACGAAGUAACAACUAACUUUGCGUGUCUUCCUAACCCUGUUGGACUUGACACUCAACAUAUCUACAAGAUAUUUGGAAUAUUUGCUAUUAUUUGGAUCUGCAUGGUGUUCGAAGCGUAUGGUCUGCGUCUACGUAGAGUCAUUUGCCAAUUCUUUUAUCCAAAGAGAGAGAAGAAACGUAUCUUACACCUGUACAAUGAUGUUUUGAAGAAAAGGAAGGGCUUUUUAAGACAUGCCCAAAGAAGGAUCAAGGCUCUAGCUCGGGAAAGAAAAUUAUCGAUAAAAUCAAAUGUCUUAACAUCUAUAAGAAAUGAAUAUCCGAUGCUCUGUGGCUGGCUGGGAAUGUUUGGAAGUUCAAAGAAGAAGUGUUUGAUCUGCGAGGAACCAGAAAACAAAAAUUUCUACAAUUGCCAUACACCCGGCUGUAACUUUGGAUAUUGUGGAGAAUGCUGGAUUGAUAUGAAGGAAAUAUGUUAUGCGUGUCUACCUGAAGAGGAUUUCAAUGAUGAUUCAACCUACACAGACGUUGAAAACUUUUAAGGGACAGUCUUGAUAUUUUAAAUGAUUCCGUAAUUAGAGAGAAAUACAUUUUUGAUUGCAUAUUUCCAUGUCUUCAAUUUUCUUGAGGGUAUCAGUUGCGAAGUAAUCUUUCACAAUUUCAACAGCUUUUAUAGACUUUAACUUAAAAAAUGAACUUUAUUUUCCAAAAAUAAUCCAUUCAAUUUAUGCAUGUCUACAGACAUUAAUCUAAUUUUUAUAAAAAUGGUAGAUGUGUACGAUACCAUAUCUAAUAUGUCUUAAAUUACAAUAAUUUACAGUUAGUCUAAGUACUAUAUCAUCAAGUUUAUAAUAGCUGUAACUUUUCUGGAUUGUUAAGUACAUUGAAAAUAACUGGUGAAUCCUGAAAAAUAGAGACAAUGUUUC